AUGAAAGCUGAGGCACAGAAGAAGAAAAAGAAUGCAGGUGCUGAUGUGGAGACUGAAUCCAUGCACAGGCUGACAGUGUUGGAAAAUGAGUUGCUCCGAGACCACUUGGCUCUGCAGAGAGGUGAGGCCCACCGAGCCAAGGCUUCUGAAGACAAGAUGAAGCAGAAGUUGCAAGGGUUGGAGGCUGAACUGGAGGGGUCCCAAAAUGAAGGGAUUGCCCCCACCACAGAGAUGAAUUGUCAGUGCCAGGCCCUGCAAGAGGAGAUGAAGACCCGCAGCAGACAGCUGGAGCAAGAAGUGAUGGGCCACCAUGAGCAGCUAGAGACAUGCCAGGGGCAGGCUGAGGUUGCAUGGAGAGAGGCUGAGCAGGCCCUCAGAAAGCGGGACUGAACUCUGGCUCAGCUGCAGACCCACGUGGCAGACAUAGAGGCCAAGUAUGAGGAAACCUUACAUGGUAGCCUAGACCUGCUCUUGGCUAAGCUGAGAGCCAUCAAGCCUCAGUGGGAUGGCGCUGUGCUGAGACUCCACGCCAGGCACAAGGAGCAGCUCUGCCAGUUUGGACUCAACCCCCUGGAUCUUUUUUUUUUUUUUACUCAGUGA